AUGCAUGCCCCGCUGCUGCCCGCAAGCAAGGAGCAGUUCGUGAACGUGUACGGCAAUCGGUUCCUUUUCUUGUGCCCGCCGAACGAGUACGACGUGCCAAAGUUUCUGCCGACUACGAUCAGACCGACGCACCUUCCUUACAAGGAGCUGUACGAGCACCAGUCCUGCGCGCAGUUCCUGGCGGAUUUCUUCAGCUACGACGAGUUGAGCCCGCCGGACCGCUACCCCAGCAAGAUUCCGGCGCCCGCGUCGGUGUUGAAGUGGCAGGCCGGCGACUGCUUCGACAUCUCCGUGGCGAUGGUCUCUUUGCUCGUCGGCGUGGGCUACGACGCGUACUGCGUCAGCGGCUUCGCCCCGAGGUUCAUCACGACGCGGAACGAGGCCGCGGGGUGGCGGAGAGGCAGGGGCAGUCGAAGGCGAGACUCCACAACGCCCUCGUGGUCUUGCUCGUCCUCUUCCUGCGUUUCCUCCACCUUCGUUUGCCAUUGUCUUCUGCUUGCUUCUUGCGUCUUCCCUCUCUCUCUCUCUCUGUCUGUAUGGUCUGGAAUUUCCAUGUGCACGUGUGAACAAGGACAUGUGAAGAGGGGGGUGUUUUUAUUAUCGCCCGCACGCGGUUAUUUGCUCCCGUGUUUUUUUUGUUGUUUCUUACCUACGUUUGAUCAUGCGCCCCUGCGUCCUUAUUAA